GCUAUGUGAAUACACUGUGUACAUGUAAUUAUCGAAAUUCAUGCGUUCCCCUACUGUCAGCGGCGAGCGAACGACGACGACGGGCGCGGACGGGAGCUCUCCGCCGGGCGGUCGGCGAACGCAGUCCACGUCUAUAACCGGCAGCGACAUUCAGGGGAUGCCUAGCCUACACUCGCUCGUCUUACGACGAGCCCCGCUAACGGAUAUGGGUGCCGCGACCAGUUCAGUGACAUCCGUUAAUCCGCCCACCAAGAUCACGGCCGCAAAUCCAAAGAAGAUCGACAAGUCUAAACUCAGGCUGCCGCUGAUACGCAAAGAGGCCAGCGUGGUGAAUCUCUCCUUGACGGAGAGGACCAUGCCGGGUAAAGAGGCAGACGCGCCACUGCUGCGACCUGAAAGCAGCGCCAGUCUGGAGGCACGCGGCGGUAGCUGGAUGAGCCUGGGUCCCGGCGCCUUGAGGAAGUGCGAAACCGCCGUGGGGCUAAGCACCUCGGCCUUGGAGGGCCGGCCCAUCAAUCGCAGCAGGGUCUGCUCGCGUUGCUCCAGCCUGCUGUCGUUGGCGUCCAGUUCGCAUUACAGCCUGGCCGCUGGUAACUUCGUCCCCGCGAGCUCCCAACAGACAAUCGGACGGAUAUUCUGUAAACUGUGUCUAGUUGAUACGUCUCUCUCCAAGUCAUUUAAGAUAGAGGGAUGUGGUUGUUCCUAUUGUAAGGAUUGCAUGCGUGCCUAUGUAGAGUUCGAGAUCGAAGAAGGCGCGUAUGAGAUUAGUUGUCCCGAUGCUCAGUGCGAUCAUGGCGCUAUACUCACACUGAAGGAGAUCUCGAGCCUCGUCAGCUCGGAGCUUGUGGAAAAACACUGCAAGUUCCGUUUAAAUAGAGAUGUAUCUAUGGACAAGGGGCGCGCGUGGUGUCCACGUGCGGGUUGUGAAACGAUAUGUUCGAUAAAUGGCAACAGUGGAAGCGGCACUCCUUUAGGUCCCGUGCACUGUCCCAACUGCUCUGCGGAUUUCUGUUCGAUAUGUCGAGAGCCUUGGCAUAAUGGGCCUUGCCCGGAUCUUCCGUUAGGGAUACCAUUCGAUAGCGAUCAUAUUAAAUGCUGUCCCAUGUGUUCUGUGCCGAUAGAGAAGGACGAGGGUUGCGCUCAGAUGAUGUGCAAGCGAUGCAAACACGUGUUUUGCUGGUACUGCUUAGCAUCCCUAGACGAUGACUUUCUGUUGCGUCAUUACGACAAGGGACCAUGUAAGAAUAAAUUAGGCCACUCACGCGCAUCCGUGAUAUGGCAUCGAACGCAAGUUAUCGGGAUCUUCGCCGGUUUUGGCCUACUUCUACUCGUCGCAUCGCCCUUGCUAUUAUUAGCGGCGCCUUGUAUCGUAUGUUGUAAAUGUCGCGUUUGCGGUUCUUCCAGGCUCGAACAGGAAGAGGGAGACACGGCAACAUAGGAACUUCCAAAUCUCUUUCUCUUUUUCUCUCAGCUCUUAGUCUUGCUUAAUUAUUUCCUUCAACUAAAAGUAAACACUCUUUCCUAGACUUCCAUGUAUGGGAGGUAACACGGUUGGCAACUUAUAUAGAUAUACAUUGCAUUUCUUUAAAUAUAUAUUUUGUCUUUGCAUCGCUAGACAUAAUGGUGGGAAAAAAAAGAGAACACAUGUCUCUUCUCAGUCAAGCAUAUUGUGAUUAACUCUAUACAUAUAUCUAUAUGCACAUAUAUACGUAUAUAUAUUUAUAUUUUACUUAUAAACUAUCCAAACAGAAAUGAGAAACGUUUGCUGCGCAAUUCGUUUAGUUAUAAUAUGAUUGUUUUUCUGAUGUAUACUUAUGUUACGUAGUUGCUUAGUAACUCUUUUUUUUUUUUAACUUUUAUUAAUCGUGUGACUCAGAGAUCUAAUGAUUCAAAAAUACUCAUAACGAUUUCUUAUAUACGAGAACAUUCCAGAAGAACUUGUACACUUUGCACCAAAUUUAUUUUGCUGUCGUAAAACAUACAUCUCUGUCUUAACCGAUUUCUACUGUAUAAAUUACAUAUCACAUUUCCGUUUCUAUUUAUCGAGAUGCGAUUUUUGAAAGAGUUCUUAUAAAGUUGUGAUAAUAUGUUGAUUAUUUCGUUAUAUGGGACGUUUUUAAGUAUUAUAUUAUAAAAUAAUUAAACACCUCUCUCUCUUUCUAUUCUUUCUCCCUCCCCAUGAAAUUGUAAAUAUUAUGAAAUUAAUAUAUCUUAAAAAACACAGUGUAUAUCUAUAUGUGUGCCUAUGUCGAACUAUUGCAAAGGCUCAGCUUCACAUUCUCAUUGAGAGAAACGAAUCUUUAUUAUGAAAUAUUAGAUUGUACGAUAUUCUAGCCCUUUAUUAUCUUUUAAUUUAUGGGUGCUUUCUCACGUUUAAUUUGAUGGUGAUUUAAUUAUGUAUGUACAUUACACAUGUACAUUAAUUUAGGAGUAUAAAAACAGUGAAUAUUACGGAAACGUGAAAAGGAAAACGAAAAAAGGAAGAGAAGAAUGUUUUACGAUUAUGCAUUUUAUCAAUGAAAUUGAAAGAAUGCUGUUGUUAUUGUAUAUUUAACACGUUUUUCGUCUGAGUAUGAUGUACGAGUUGUGCAGCUAAAGCUUGACAUUAAGGAAGCUAUCAAUCAAUAUGUGCCAUGUGAUUAUUGCGAAGAUUCCGUUGAAUAUACUUAGUAACUCAAAACCUGGAGCAAGGUCGCGAGAAACGUGUUAACUAUAUUCACGCUAAUCCACUCUAUUAUGCAUAUAAAUGAAUUUAGACUGUUAAACGUCGGGAAUAUGAGUAAUCGACUUUGGACAAUAGUUACAUGUUAUUUCCGAGAGACAGAUUCUUAUCGAUAAUAAGUAAUAUCGAGAACAAAUUAUGUGUAAUAAAUAUAUGUGGUAUUUUGUACAUAUAAUAUAUACGGACGUUUAAGGCGAAGGUUAGGAUGGUGUUACAUUUGGAUGUUCGACGAAACGAUGCAUUUCUCGCAAGCAGUGCUGUACAGGCGAUCCAGCGGAUGAUUAUGUUACGAUAUACAUAAAUAACCGCGUGGUCGGUUUUCACUAUUUUACGUCGCAACUGUUAAAAUAUCUCGUUUGUUGUAUCAUUAAGAUUGUAUGUAAAUAAAAGUAUGUAUACACGCCGGCGCGUGUAUGUAAUUAUGCAUUUGAGUGUGCGUGUGCACUCGUGUGUCAGAAAUAAAAAAUACAAUUGAGAAACAAA